GUGUGUACAGAGAGAAAGAGAGCGAGCGAGAGCGAGACUCGCGGGCGACUUUGCUUUUUGAGGAUAUUGUAUUUCUCUGUUCAUCAAGGGUAGUUCUCUCUCCUGUGUCAGUUCUCUUGACGAUGCGCUCGGGUUUGUGAGUCCGUAGACACCUACUGAACUGGACAGUCGUAAUUGUGUUUGGGAAAGGGGCCAGUACAUUACCACACCUUUAUUGCGCGGUGAAGUCACUGUCUGAAUAGUGAAGAGAUUGUCCGCGAAUCAAGUGUUUUUCAGUUGGAUUAUAUUUUUAUCGUAUUUCUAUGAGAAGAUUCACGAUCUUGCUAAGAAAUAAUAAUUUCAGAAGAUGAAGACAAAUGAAUGGACAUACGAAUAAGUGCUGCUGUAGCGUUAACCAAGACAUUGUCCAGAGAAAAUCCUAUGUCAUUAUUGUGGCUUAAUACAAAUCAGCUUUCUUGGAUCUUACUUUGUGAGGGGAAUUUCGGAUAAUAGGUUUUUUUCCCACGGAUCUUUGGAUUAGUAUAACUGUUGAAUUGAUAGGCCUGUAGGGUAAUAAACGUUACAGGCGACAAGAGGAAAGAUGGGGAAGAGUGUCUAGUACUGCCAGGAGAGGAAUGCCCCAGACUGCGUGCCCAGCAGCAGGCACCAUGUUCACCCCCACUGGGUUUAGCCCCCACCUGGCCAUCUGCUCUGAUGCUGAUACUGAGGAGGAAGAAGGCCCCCGGGAGUCCCCGGGCCCUGGGGCUUGGCCAUCUGAUGGACCCCCCAUCACCUCAGCCUCCCUAGACACUCUCAUCCAGCACCUGGUGCCCACCACAGACUACUACCCAGAGAAAGCCUAUGUAUUUACAUUCCUGCUGAGUGCUCGUCUGUUCAUCUCUCCUCCUGAGCUGCUGGCCAGACUCUGUGAGACCUGCAUCAAACAGCAGCACCUGGACCAGAGUCCACUGGACACGGCCAAAGUGAGGAAGUUUGGUCCCAAGAUCUUACAGCUGCUCACAGAGUGGACAGAGACAUUCCCCACAGACUUCAGAGAGGAGAAGAUGGUGGGGCUGUUUAAAGACAUCAUCCACAGGAUAGCCCCCUGCGAUGAGGCAUACUGGAAGACACUGAACCAGGUCUUACAGACCCUAAACCAGAAGCUGGCAGCCAUCACCCAGGGAGAGGAGAGCAUUGUCAGAGUGAACACCUCCUCUGUCUCCUCCAUCUCAGACAAACUGGUGGCCUUCAAAGCCAAACCUCCGCCCAUCCAGAAGGACAUGCUGUCUAUCUGCCACGACCCCUACACCCUGGCACAGCAACUGACCCAUGUGGAACUGGAACACCUAAGUAAUAUUGGCCCGGAGGAGUUUGUCCAAGCCUUCGUUCAGAAAGAUCCCCUGGACAGCUCCCAGCCAUGUUUCAGUGACCAGAAGAAGACCACCAACCUGGAAGCUUAUGUCAGGUGGUUCAACAGGCUGUGCUACCUUGUGGCCACUGAGAUCUGCAUGCCUGCUAAGAAGAAGCAGAGAGCCCAGGUGAUCGAGUUCUUCAUCGACGUGGCCAGAGAAUGCUUUAACAUCGGCAAUUUCAACUCUCUCAUGGCCAUUAUCUCUGGUAUGAAUAUGAGUCCUGUAUCGCGUCUGAAAAAGACCUGGGGGAAAGCCAAGACAGCAAAGUUCUUCAUCUUGGAGCAUCAGAUGGAUCCUACUGGAAACUUCUACAACUACAGGACAGCCCUCAGGGGAGCGGCCCACCGGUCCCAAACUGCUAACAGCAACAGGGAGAAGAUUGUGAUUCCCUUCUUCAGUCUACUGAUCAAAGAUAUCUACUUCCUGAAUGAGGGAUGUGCCAACCGCUUGCCUAAUGGCCAUGUCCAUUUUGCAAAAUUUGUGGAGUUGGCACGUCAGGUGGGAGAGUUCAUGACGUGGAAACAGAUAGAGUGUCCAUUUGAGACUGACCGGAGCAUCCUCCACUACCUCCAUACAGCUCCCAUCUUCAGUGAGGAUGGACUCUACUUGGCAUCAUAUGAGAGUGAGAGCCCAGAGAACCAGGUGGAGAAGGACAGAUGGAAAGCACUCAGGUCUAAUAUUCUGGGGAAGACAAAAGAGCUAAAAGAGCACCAUGGCAGCUAACCCGGAGGCCAGCCCAACCCUGCCAGGGAGGGAGUCAGUGUACUUGCACUAUAAUAAACUGUGAAGGACCCUAGCUGGUACUUAGGUAUUUUUUUUCUACACAUGAAGAAUAGAUACAACAAAACAAUAAUGAUGAACAGGAUUCAUCAACAACAUGACGUUUAAAAAAAGGACAGAAGAACAAUCGUCAACAAGCAGCGUGAAGUGAAGCUAUUGUAUGGUCACUGAUUGCAGAAUAAUUCCAUGACCUUGGGUUGUGCUAUUCACCUUGGGGACUGUAUGUUAGUGAGGGAAAUAUCUGGCCCACCAUCUUGCUGUUUAUUUACUCUUUGGUCAGUGUACAGUAACGGAAAACAACAGCUUUUUGCAAAUGAAAUAUCUACUGAUUGUUAUAUUAUAAUAUUUCUCAUCAUAUUUCUCUCUCCCACUCACAUACAAAAGCUUUGUGUACGUUUUCUAUUGUACUGUUACAAUCCUGGUAAAGUAAGAGCUACCGUGAUAUUUAAGGGCGCUGGCUUGCCCAGGACUCUGUUUGGUCCUUUGAAGACUGCUCUUAAUAACUACUAAUGAGUACCUGGAACAACUUGGAGUGAUCUCCUGGGUUAUGUGCGGGAUGAUAUAUAUAUACAGCACAUGGACUGUGAAGUGGGUAGGUGUGUUUACAUGUACGCACGUGUGGGUAUGUGUGUCUGUUUGUGUGUGUAUGUACGGGCAUGUGUUCAUGACUGGUCUUGGUUGAGGGGUUUAUUCUUAUCAAAAUGUCAUUCUCUUCUCAGCAGAGAGACUCGGUGAAACCCUGACACCGUUAGGGUUAGGCUCUACUCAGCGGAUUAAUCAACCGUACCUGUACAUUUUUAUUUUGAGGAUAGAUGACAUCAGUGUUGUUCCUGCCCAUGUAAAAAUGUGCUAUGAAAACUAAACAAUCAAUCAUGUCAUGGGCCAGGUCUGUGUGUAAAGGAUUUCUUUUAUCAUACUCUAUAGCCCCUGACAUCUUUCUGCUCUUCAGGAAGUAGUUUCUCUUGACUGAUGUUCAGUUGUCUGAUAUUUCUGAAGAUUUCUGUAAUGACAGAUGUUGGCUAUAUUAUGGUUUUGUUAUAUUAUUCCAUUAUUUAAAACUGGCAUGCUAAAUACAGUGUUUUAUAUGGGCAUUAUAUGUAUGUACUAAAGGGUUCUACCACUGAAAUAGUGGAGGUGUUUUAUGGUUUGUGGUCCACUGAGCUAAAUGAAAAAUGGAUACUUUCACCAACAACACCUCUUACUAUCUUUCUUGUGCUGGAGAGGGAAAGAUUUGCUAGUUAGAAUCACUACUAGCUGUUUCGAUAAUCCAGUUUUUUUUUUUUUUAUUACUUGAAAUGUGUUGUUCAUUUGAUGGUUGUUCUGUGGGAUAAUCACAUGUCGUGACCCCAAAGGUUUUAAUAACAGAGGAUGUAUCAAAAGGUCAGCUAUUGAGUGCUUGCUGUAUAUUGUUCUCUUCCACUCACACGUGCAGUACCACAGUGUUUUACCGGUAUGAAAAUGCCAAACGGGGUCUAGAUAUGGUAGGGGUGUUGUUAUAUUUCAUGUUUUUGAGACAGUUUGGUUCAAUUUUAUAGGAUUGAUGACCAAGUAAUGCAUUGUUUUUUAUAAAAAAGUUGGUUUUGUCUCUCAAUUCCUAGAGUAAUUGAUGUUCCUACACUCUGAACAUUUCCCUUAACACAGUUGGAAAUAGUCAUUUAACUCUUUGUCUACCUAGUUAAAACCCUGCCAAGCCGCACUGUACUGCCCUUUCAGAUCUGGAACUUUCAAAGGUAGUGGUUUUUGAUGCAGUGUUUUAGUGAAGUGUGUGUGUAAUCCACAUCUGUGUGCAUGUGGGGACCUGAAGUCCUCACAAAGACAGUUAAUCCUGGUUCCAACAUGUUUAUUUGGUAGAUCUCCACUGGGGAAAAUGCUAUUUUUGGCUCAGAGGACAGGUUUCAGGAAAAACGUACUAUUGGACAUAGUGUUCGUACUGAAGUAACAUUUAUGAUUAGGCAUUACCGGUUAGAGUUUGGUGUGAGGGCUUGCUUAAGUUUAGGCAUAAAGGUUAGGUUAAUGAGAUUUAGGUUACAGUUAAGUUUAGGGAAGCUAGGGAAUAGGUAACAUGAAUUUCUGGGUUAGGUUUCAGGCCCCCAUAGACAAUUGUGGGUGUGUGACACCCUGAAGCAGGCAACAUUGAUGCUCUUUCAUUUACCGGCCCCAUCAAUUAAGAAUUGAAAAAGAGACUGACUUCAAUAAAUGUUUUUUGAAAAAAUGCA